UUCCCCACCCCCGGUGCAAAUCUGGGGGAGCCCCUCCCCUUCCUAUCUUUGCAAACCCCCCCCCGGGAUUGCACGGGGCCCGGCCAGGAUGCAACAGCCCUAGAAGCAACCCCCCAAAAAACAGGGGGGGGUGUCAGGUUUGCAACUCCAUUUCCUGCCCCCCCCCUCCACACCCCAAUCUCAGCCAGGCCCUAGGGAUGGUGCGGAGGGGCCGCUGGAAGCACAGGCUGGAAGGGACCAUGUAAUCCGACCUCCUGUAAAAUAUCGGCACGUAAGAGCGUCAGACCAUGGCCUGUCCUGCCCGGGACCCUGUGUCCGACAGUGGCCCGUACCAGCGCCGCGGGAAAGUGCCUGAUUCCAUCUCGUCCUCCACUCCUGGCUUCUGGGGGGCAGAGGUCUUGGGGUGCCCUGAGCAGGGGGUUACCUCUCCGACCAGUUUGGCUACCUGUCCUUCGUGAGCAUAUCUAGUUCCCUUUCGAACCCGCUUGGCCGUCACAGCAUCCCCUGGCGAGGAGUUCCACAGGACGGCCCCGUGAUCUCCGGCGGCGAGCGCUGAGCGUCGGGGGAGAGCCGCCAUGGCCGGCGCCUCCGUCAAAGUAGCCGUAAGAGUUCGGCCUUUCAGCUCCCGGGAGAUCAGCCGGGACGCGAAAUGCGUCAUCCAGAUGCAAGGGAAAACCACGUGUAUCGCCAAUCCCAAGCUGACAAAAGAUGCUCCCAAAAACUUCACCUUCGAUUAUUCCUACUGGUCCCACACCUCGGAGGAGGACCCCGCCUUCGCCUCCCAGCGGCAGGUGUACAAGGACAUCGGGGAGGAGAUGCUGCUUCACGCCUUCGAGGGCUACAACGUCUGUAUCUUCGCCUACGGCCAGACCGGGGCCGGCAAGUCCUACACCAUGAUGGGCCGGCAGGAGCCGGGGCAGCAGGGGAUCAUCCCCCAGCUCUGUGAGGAUUUGUUCGCCCGGGUCGCCGAGAGCCGCUCCCCCGACCUGUCCUACUCCGUGGAGGUAAGCUACAUGGAGAUCUACUGCGAGCGGGUGCGGGACCUGCUGAACCCCAAGAACCGGGGGCACCUGCGCGUGCGGGAGCACCCCAUCAUGGGCCCCUACGUGGAGGACCUGUCCAAGCUGGCCGUCACCUCCUUCGCCGACAUCGCCGACCUCAUGGACUGCGGGAACAAGGCCAGGACCGUGGCCGCCACCAACAUGAACGAAACCAGCAGCCGCUCGCACGCCGUGUUCACCAUCGUUUUCACGCAGAGGAGACACGACGAGCUGACCGACCUCGACACCGAGAAGGUCAGCAAAAUCAGCCUGGUGGAUCUGGCCGGCAGCGAGCGAGCCGAGUCGUCCGGCGCCAAGGGCAUGAGGUUAAAGGAAGGUGCGAACAUCAACAAAUCCCUCACCACGCUGGGGAAGGUGAUCUCCGCCCUGGCCGAGAUGCAAAACAACAAGAAGAAGAAAUCGGAUUUCAUCCCUUACCGCGACUCGGUGCUCACCUGGCUGCUGAAGGAGAACCUGGGCGGUAACUCCCGCACGGCCAUGAUCGCCGCCCUCAGCCCGGCCGACGUCUGCUACGAGGAGACGCUCAGCACGCUCCGCUACGCGGACCGGACCAAGCAGAUCCGGUGCAACGCGGUGAUCAACGAGGACCCGAACGCGCGGCUCAUCCGGGAGCUGAAGGAGGAGGUGGCCCGGCUGAGGGAGCUGCUCUUCGCCCAGGGCCUCUCCGACGCCCCCCUCCUCGGCGGCUUGAAGGGGGAGGCGCCUGAUAGCUGCUCCCCGCGGCCCUUCGACCCCGCGGCCGAGCCCCGGUCCCCCGGCCCCCUCAACGGGGGGUCCGAGCCCUUCCCCACCCUGGAGGAGCAGGUCAUCUGCACGGAGGAGGCAAUGGAGAGGCUGCAGGAGACGGAGAAAAUCAUCGCGGAGCUGAACGAGACGUGGGAGGAGAAGCUGCGGAAAACCGAGGCUCUUCGGAUGGAGAGGGAGGCGCUCCUGGCCGAGAUGGGCGUGGCCGUGCGGGAAGACGGUGGCACGGUGGGGGUCUUCUCCCCGAAAAAGACCCCGCACCUGGUGAACCUGAACGAGGACCCGCUCAUGUCGGAGUGUCUGCUCUACCACAUCAAGGACGGCCUGACCAGGGUGGGCCAGGUGGACGUCGACAUCAAGCUGACGGGACAGUUCAUCAGAGAGCAGCACUGCGUGUUCCAGAGCCGCACCGGCCCCGCCGGGGAAGCCAUCGUCACGCUGGAGCCGUGCGAGGGGGCUGAGACCUACGUCAACGGCAAGCAGGUGACGGAGCCGCUGGUCCUGAGGUCAGGUAACCGCAUCGUGAUGGGGAAGAACCACGUUUUCCGCUUCAACCACCCGGAGCAGACGCGGCUGGAGCGGGAGCGCAGCGCCCCCGCCGAGCCCCCGCCCGAGCCCGUCGACUGGAACUUCGCCCAGCGGGAGCUGCUGGAGGAGCAGGGCAUCGACAUCAAGCUGGAGAUGGAGAAGAGGCUCCAGGACCUGGAGAACCAGUACCGGCGGGAGAAGGAGGAGGCCGAUCUGCUCCUGGAGCAGCAGAGGCUGUACGCGGACUCGGACAGCGGGGACGACUCGGACAAGCGCUCGUGCGAGGAGAGCUGGCGGCUGAUCUCCUCGCUGCGGGAGAAGCUGCCGGCCACCACGGUGCAGGGCAUCGUGAAGCGCUGCGGCCUGCCGAGCAGCGGCAAGCGGCGGGAGCCCCUCCGGGUCUACCAGAUCCCGCAGCGCCGGCGCCUGGCCAAGGACCCGCGCUGGGUCACGCUGGCCGACCUGAAGAUGCAGGCGGUGAAGGAGAUCUGCUACGAGGUGGCGCUCAACGACUUCCGGCACGCGCGGCAGGAGAUCGAGGCCAUGAGCAUCGUCAAGAUGAAGGAGCUGUGCCGGCUCUACGCCAAGCGCGACCCCCACGAGAAGGAGAGCUGGCGGGCCGUGGCCCGGGACGUCUGGGACACCGUGGGGGUGGGCGAGGAGCGGGGCGACGGGGAGCCGGGGGGCCCCCACCCGGCCGUGGACGACCUGCGGGCCCACAUCGACAAGCUGACCGACAUCCUGCAGGAGGUCAAGAUCCAGAACAACAUGAAGGACGAGGAGAUCCGGGCCCUGCGCCACCGCAUGGUCAAGAUGGAGCGAGUCAUCCCCAUCUCCCAGGAGGACGGGGCGGCCGAGGAGCCGGCGUACGACUGGAGCUCCCCGCUGUUGGAGGCGGGGUCCCGGGAGGAGCCGGAGCCGGAGCCGGCGCCGGAGCGGAGCCACGAGCGCGUGUGCCGGCUGAUGGAGCAGGACCCGGCCUUCCGGCGCGGCCGCCUGCGCUGGCUGAAGCAGGAGCAGGCCCGGCUCCAGAGCCUCCAGCAGCAGCAGCUCGGCAAGUGCUUCCGCCGCCAGCCCCACGCCCCCGGCAAGUUCGUGCCCCCCCAGGACUGCAAGCUGCGUUUCCCUUUUAAGAGCAGCCCCCACCACCGCUACUCCUGGGGCCCCACCUCGGCCUUCCUGGUGGCCGGGGGCGAGGAGCCGCGGCCGGAGGGCGACGGGCCGGGACAGGAGCCGGCCCCGGGGUCGCCCCGGCCCCGGCGGCCCCACCCCCCCGGCGGCCCCCAGCACAAACACUGCAGCCGCCCCGCGGCCCGGGCCCCCCACCGGCGCAACUCCCUGGACGGGGGGGGCCGCGCCAAGCCCUCCCGCCCGGGCGCGCCGGAGCACCACCCCGCCCGCAAGCACAACUAUUACCCGCAGCAGCACCAGCCGUACCCGCCGCACCGCCCCCAGCCGGCCCCCCGCCCGCCCUACGCCGCCCCGCCCCGCAUGCGCCGCCAGCACUCCGCCCCCGAGCUGCAGGAGCCGGGCACCCCGGUGUAGCCACCGCCGCCCAGCCGGAGCGGGGGACAGGGAGGCGAGCCCCAGAGGAGCGUGGGAAAGCCGGGGGGCGAGGGCCGUGCGGCGGAGGGUCUUGGGGCAUGCGGGCGAGCCCCCUUGGAUCAUGGGGAAAAAUCGGGGCAUGGAGGAUCAUGGGAAAUUGGGGCGAGCUACGUUGGAUCAUGGGAAAAGUGCAGAGUGGAGGAUCAUGGGAAAUUGGGGCAAGCCCCCCCGAGGAUCGUGGGAAAACCAGGGCAGGAGGGCGACUGGAGCUGCAGAGGGUCUUGGGGCAUGCGGGCGAGCCCCGUUGGAUCAUGGGAAAAAUCAGGGCGUGGAGGAUCAUGGGAAAUUGGAACAAGCCACGUUGGAUCAUGGGAAAUUGGCGUGAGCUGCAAAGGACGGUGGGGAAACCGGAGGGAGGGGGCGACUGUGGCGCUGCAGAGGAUCAUGGGAAAGUGGGGUGAGCUGCAACGGACUAUGGGAAAACCGGAGGGAGGGGGCGACUGUGGAGCUGCAGAGGCUCAUGGGAAAUUGGCGUGAGCUGCAAAGGACGGUGGGGAAACCGGAGGGAGGGGGCGACUGUGGAGCUGCAGAGGCUCAUGGGAAAGGGGGGUGAGCCAUGGGGGCUGCUGGGACACUUGCAGAGUGGAGGAUCAUGGGAAAUCAGGGUGAACCGCAGAGGCUCAUGGGGGGAAAUGGGGCUGUCGCGACCUGUGGAGGUGGGAGACAGGGCGGCGCUGCAGAGCAUGAUGGGAAACGAAGGCCGGGGCCGAGUCGCAGAGGAUUGUGGGAAAUCAGACCGGGGCAGCUCCCGUGCGGGGGGUGGGCAGGAAACUCCCCCGGGGGGGGGGCAGCCGACUGGGCCCCAAGCUCCCCGAAUGCGGGGCCUGUGCCCCCCAGGGGGCU